ACACAACACUGAAUCGAAAAUGCUUCUCUUCUUCCUCUCUCUCUUCCUCUCUUCCUCACCUCUUCUCACUCUUUCCUUAAACCAAGAAGGCCUCUACCUACAGCGAGCCAAACAAGGUCUCUCUGUUCCUAAUAACUUUCUCUCCUCGUGGGACAACAGCCGUGAUGACACUCCAUGCCACUGGCACGGCAUCACUUGCGACUCCGCUAACCGUGUCAUUUCUAUCGACCUUUCCCAGUCACAACUCUCCGGGCCUUUCCCUCUCUUCUUUUGCCGGCUUCAGUACCUUACCUCCCUCUCUCUUCACGACAACUUCAUCAACUCUACACUGCCGGACCAAGUUUCCACGUGUCAGAGUCUUACGGUGUUGAAUUUGAGCUCGAAUUGGAUCGUUGGUAAGUUUCCUGACACUCUAUCGCAGUUGAAGAAUCUUAAGCAUUUGGACUUGAGUGCCAAUAACUUCUCUGGAGGUAUUCCGCCGAGUUUCGGUCAUUUCGCUAGCCUCGAGACGCUCUACCUUAUGGCCAAUCUUUUAGAUGGGACAAUAUCCGGGGCGCUUGGUAACAUUUCUACUCUUAAAGAGCUUCUCCUCGCUUUUAACCCGUUUUCACCGGGUCCGAUACCGAGUGAAUUGGGUAACUUGACGAACCUUGAAUAUCUUUGGCUCUCUGACUGUAACCGGGUGGGUCCUAUUCCAGAGAGCUUAACUCGGUUGCCUAAGCUUAAUACUUUAGACUUGUCGUUGAACAGGCUCACUGGGCCAAUCCCGAGUUCGAUAACCGAGUUAAGAAGUAUAGAACAGAUAGAGUUGUAUAACAACUCUUUAUCGGGUGAAUUACCGGUUAAAUGGCGUAAUACGACGACGUUGCUGAGAUUAGACGCGUCGACGAAUGAGUUGACCGGGACGAUUCCGCCGGAGUUGUGCGAAUUACAGCUGGAGUCACUCAACUUGUUUGAGAACAGAUUGGAGGGUACUUUGCCAGAGAUCAUAAGCGGGUCGAUAAAUUUGAAGGAACUCAAAUUGUUCAACAACAAACUCAGUGGUCACUUGCCCAGUCAACUCGGGACGAACUCGGCAUUACAGGUGCUAGACGUUUCGUACAAUCAGUUUUCUGGUGAAAUCCCCGAGGGUUUGUGUUCAAACGGGUCAUUAGAGGAUCUGGUAUUAAUAUACAAUUCAUUUUCCGGGCAAAUCCCAGAAAGUCUUGGGAAGUGCCAGAGCUUAAGGAGGGUUCGGUUAAAGCACAAUUUGUUGUCAGGUACAGUUCCUGAGAAGUUCUGGGGUUUACCACAUGUUUCUUUGUUCGAGCUUGUGGAUAAUUCAUUCACUGGCCAAAUAUCAAAAUUAGUUUCAGGUGCAUAUAAUCUUUCUGUUCUUUUGGUUUCCAAGAAUCAGUUUUCUGGGCCCAUCCCAGAUGAAGUUGGGUCAUUAGAUAAAUUAGUUGAAUUUUCUGCUUCUGAUAAUAAGUUUACGGGUCGAAUUCCUGGUAGUCUAGUGCAUUUAGGUCAGUUGGGGAGGCUUGAUCUGAGUGGAAAUGAACUUUCGGGUGGGAUCCCAGAAAAAAUUCAAGGUUGGAGGAAUCUGUAUGACCUAAAUUUGGCUGAUAAUAAGCUGUCUGGUGAAAUUCCGGCUGAAAUUGGGAGCUUGCCAGUGCUCAAUUAUCUUGAUCUUUCUUGGAAUUCCUUUUCGGGAAAAAUCCCACUGGAAUUGCAAAAUUUGAAGCUGAAUUCGUUUAAUUUGUCAGAUAACCAGCUCUCUGGUGAGAUACCCCCUCUUUAUGCUAAGGAAAUUUUUAAGAAUAGCUUUGUGGGGAAUCCUGGUUUGUGUGGGGACUUGGCUGGUCUGUGUCCUGACAUGGACAGAUCUAAGAACCAGGGUUAUCUGUGGAUUCUGCGGUCAAUCUUUAUACUUGCAGCUGUAGUUUUUGUUGUUGGGAUUGUUUGGUUCUAUGUUAAAUACAGGAAUUUCAGGAAGACUAAGAGAAGAAUUGCUUUAACGAAGUGGAAAUCUUUCCAUAAAAUUGGUUUCAGUGAAUUUGAGAUCAUUGGAUGUCUUAAAGAGGAAAACUUGAUCGGAAGUGGGGCUUCUGGGAGAGUUUACAAAGUUGUGCUCAAUAGUGGUGAAGCAGUGGCAGUGAAAAAGCUGUUUGGAAGACCCAAUAGGGAAAAUGCAAGUAAUGGGUCACAGAGAGAUGAAUUUGAAGUAGAAGUUGAAACAUUGGGGAAGAUUCGGCACAAGAAUAUUGUGAGAUUGUGGUGCUGUUGCAACAGUGGAGUUAGCAAGCUUCUGGUUUAUGAAUACAUGCCAAAUGGGAGCUUGGGGGAUUUUUUGCAUAGCAGCAAGGCAGGUUUGUUGGAUUGGCCAACAAGGUAUAAGAUAGCUUUAGAUGCAGCUGAGGGAUUGUCUUAUUUGCAUCAUGAUUGUGUUCCUCCAAUUGUUCAUCGAGAUGUGAAAUCCAACAAUAUAUUGUUGGAUGGAGAGUUUAAUGCUAGAGUUGCAGAUUUUGGAGUUGCUAAAGUUGUUGAAAGAGUUAGCAAGGGGCAAGAGUCCAUGUCUGGGAUUGCAGGUUCUUGCGGUUACAUUGCACCAGAAUAUGCCUAUACUCUUCGAGUGAAUGAAAAGAGUGACAUAUACAGUUUUGGAGUUGUUCUCUUGGAGUUGGUUACUGGUAGACUCCCAAUUGAUCCAGAAUUUGGGGAUAAAGAUUUGGUAAAAUGGGUCUGCACCACCUUGGACCAGAGAGAUUUUGACAGUGUGAUCGACUCCAAACUUGAUUCUAGUCACAAGGAAGAAAUGUGCAGGGUCCUGGAGGUCAGUCUCCUCUGCACCAAUGCACUUCCUAUUAACCGUCCUUCAAUGCGAAAGGUGGUUAAGUUGUUGCAAGAGGCUAGUACUGAGAAGAAAUUACAGACCAAUAAGAAGGAUGGGAAGCUCUCCCCUUAUUAUCAUGAAGAUGCCUCUGAUCAAUUUAUAGUUUAAGAAUAUAGUCAUGAAUUCAACCGAUUUUCAACACCUUAAUGGUGUUUGAUUGCGCAGGGUAGAGGGAAUGAAGCAGUAGUGAGACAGAUUUUCAACAGUGCCCUCUUGACUGGUGCAUUAACUGUAAGCUAGAUCAUAGAUUAAGACGUGGAAGAUUGUCACUGUAGUCUGUGAUUAUUGUUGUUUGUUGUAUUUUAGUUGGUGGUUAAUUUCUUUUUGGUUAGGUAAUGUUAACAUGCAAACAUGAGAUUUGUCAACAAUGACAAAUCAUAAUUUCAGCAGAAUAACUGUUUACACGAUUGUAAAAUAGGAUCCAAAAGCUUUUUGAGUGUCUAUUUUGAAUGUUCCCUCCAUUUUUCUA